AUGGCACGGGCUGCGCUGGGCAGGACGGCGGCCUCGGGCUGGGGCCUGGGCCUGCAGUCCCUGCUGCUGCUGCUGCUGCUGCUGCUGCUCGGCCUCGGGCUGCCCCUGCAAGCCGCCCCGGUGACCACGGGGUCCUGGGCUCAGACCCCCGGGUCCAGCCCAGGAUCGUGCCCGCCGUCCAGCUUCCAGUGCCGCACCAGUGGCUACUGCGUGCCCCUCACCUGGCGCUGUGAUGGGGACCAGGACUGUUCUGAUGGCAGUGACGAGAGGGAGUGCCGGAUCGAGCUGUGCGCCCAGAAGGGGCAGUGCCCUCCACCUGCCGGCCACCCCUGUCCCUGCGACAACAUCAGCGCCUGCCAGGGCAGCGGCCACCAUGAGAACCUGCUGAAUUGCAGCCGCGCGCCCUGCCCGCCCGGGGAGAUCCGCUGCCCCCUGGGUGAUGCCUGCAUCCCCCACAGGUGGCGCUGUGAUGGCCACCCCGACUGUCCCAACGCCAGCGACGAGCUGGGCUGUGAGACGGGUAACACCCUCCAGGACCGGAAUGGCAGCACCACGGGCGCCCCCGUGACCCCAGCCACCGUCCCCUCUCUCAGGAAUGUCACAGCCACUUCUGUCGGGUCCCAGGCUGGAAACCCAAGUGCCUAUGGGCUUGUUGCCAUUGCCGUGGUGCUGGGCACAGGCCUGGCCGCCGCCGCCCUUUUCACGUUGUCCCGAUUGCGAGCCCAGGGGCGGCUGCCCCCGGCGGGACUGCUGGUGGCCGUGAAGGAGGGACUGCUGCUUUCCAGGCCCAAGAACUUGCUGCUCUGACCAUGGACUCUUGGCAUGUGCCACGCUGGCCCUAGCGGGCACGUGCGCA